AUGUUUCACUCGUCUAUGCUUCCGAAUGCGACUAUAUGGGCGAGCACAGUUCGCAAGGAGAUCCGCCGCUUCCGUAUCCUCAUUGUCGGUCGGGCGAACGCUGGCAAGACAACCAUCCUCCAAAGGGUUUGUAACACGACAGCGUUGCCUGAGAUAAUCGCGCCGACUGGUGACAGGAUCGACUUGUCCACGAUCAGUCCGUCUGCCCAGCGCGGGGAGCAUGAUAUCGAGAACGAAAUGGUGUUUAAAAGCAACCCAGGCUUUGUCUUUCAUGACUCGCGUGGAUUCGAAGCUGGCGGUUCCUCUGAGUUCCAGACGGUCAAACAAUUUAUCGCGAACCGCGCCGAGCAGAAGCUUUUGUCUGAUCGACUUCACGCCAUCUGGUACUGCAUUCCUACAAACGAUGCUACCCGGCCAAUCACGAGAGCCGAAUUGGAUUUCUUUGAGGAGUGUGGGACGGGAAAUGUACCAGUGAUCGUUCUGUUUACCAAGACUGACUCAAUGGAUUCCCGCAUGACGAAACAACUGAUUAAGGCAGGAUAUACUGAUGAAGAAGCUGAACAACGGGCACCAAUACAGGGAGUCAUUGACUUUCAGGAACGCUUCUGUGGCAUUCUCUAUCAAAAGAAACAUCCUCCCACAUCUCAUUUAUUUUUUCGAGAAAUGCAGCACCCAGAGGCUGAUGUUGGUGGCCUAAUUAAGUCUACUGCAGAAGCACUUGCAUCAGAUAAAAACUUGCUACAACUAUUUGUCUCGACACAACAGACUAGUCUCAACUUGUGCAUUGAAUAUGCAAUUAAACGAGACUUGCUAGAUAAGCUCAACACUCUUUCUGCUUUGCAAGAGAGGCUUCUUUCCACAACAGAAAAAAACAAUGUCAGACUUGUCUUGCCUAUAUUGCAGUGGUUCCCACAUCUGGUCAGACCUUUACUUUUUUUAUUCUCACAUACCAAUACUUCUCUGAUAGGAUUGUACUUAUAUGGCAAGUUGGGUUUCAGAGAUUUAUCUGAUGGUGCUGAUAUCAGGCUCUUACUUUUGAGGCUGCUCCAACUGUGCAUGUAA